CGAGAGCGAACUACUCGAGCUGCUCGCUGAUCAGAGGGAUCAGAAGGGAUAAAUACGGGCUGGAAGGCUGUUCAGUGCUCAGUACUCCAAGCUACCUCAGGCCUCGCCACCACACUAUCUGAACGCACAACAAUGAACAAUACCAACACACCAAUCAUGACCCAGCGCAACUGGCUCGCGCGGCUAUUCUCCCGCAAGCCCAAGGCUCCCAAGGCCGCCAAGCCCCCCAAGGCACCCAAGCCGCCCAAGGCCCGAAGGCGUCGCGGGAGCGGAGGUGGAGGCGGCAGCGGUGGAGGCGACGGUGGAGGCGGAGGUGACGGUGGCGGCGGAGGUGGCGGAGGUGGUGGCGACGGCGGUGGCUGCUAGGCAUUCUUGCAGAG